AUGCGUUUCAACAGCAUCUUCGCCCUCAUGGCCGCCUCCGUCGCCGUCGCUCAGUCCUCCGCGGAUGACACCACCACGACCAUGACCGAGACCACCACCAAGACGGUGACCAUCACCAAGUGUAACCCGACCAACACGGCGUGCCCCCUGUACACGCCGACCUCAACCAUCGUCCCGAUCAUCAACUCGACAACUUCCACCUCCACACCCUCCUCCUCUUCGUCCCACUUCUUCCCGGCUUCCAACUCCACCAGCUUUGCCGGCCCAACUGCUUCUGCCCCCUGGACCAAGUCUUCCGCCGUCCCCAUCAAGACCUCGGCCGACUCGUCCGCUCCCACCGGCGGCUCCGCCGUGCCCUCUUCCCCUGCUAGCGCCGGCUCUGGAAUGCUUGUCGUCCAGAGCGGCCUCCUGGCCGCCGUCGUUGGCCUCGCCGCUGUCGCCCUCAACUAA